UUUGUUGUAAUAUUCGAGUUGGCGUGUCCCUGUCAGAUUGCAGCUGUACACGGCUGACACCCAGAACCAUGCGGCUCCAGCUCCUGGCUGUACUUCUGUGCUCACUGGCAUCAGCUACUGCAGGUACACAGCCUUGUCAUCUUGGGUUUAUACAGCACAAGGCAUCCUGCUAUUGGUUCUCCAACAUAAACGGUUCAUUUGCUGAAGCAAGCGCUUACUGUCGCUACAUGGAGAGCCACCUGGCAACCAUCGCUAACAAAGAUGAGGACGACUUUCUAAGAGGCCGCGCUAUCAGAAGGGGAAAAGCUGAAAGUUACUGGCUUGGUGCGACUGAUCUGAACCUGGAGGGGAGAUGGCUGUGGGAGGGACGGCGUCCUAUGGUCUACAGCAACUGGUCUCCACAUCAGCCUGAUAAUUACAAGGGGAGAGAACAUUGUCUGGAAAUGAGACGGUCCUAUAGUAAUUAUUUAUGGAAUGAUGUUCCAUGUUAUGCUUUCAAUGGUAAGUCGCACUUCAUUUGCGAAAAGGAAGUCUGAUGUCAGUCAGUAACAUCUAUUGAAGUCAGUGGUCAAAAAAACUUCGACUGAAACAUGUUCCAAUGUUGUUUUUAAAGGGAGCGAGUGAGUCGGUAGGGGUUGACGCCGCUUAAUUUGUAAAAAUAUACAGCAAAUGUUUUGUGAUGUUUACAAGAAAACAAUACAUGACAAACUGGACUUCUUCACAAAAAACAUCUUUGUUAAAUUGGGAGAUUUAGGCACAACGUAGGCCUCCGACUGGUCACCAAGGAAGUUUCUCUUCUUGUCAAUCUGAUGCUCUAUGAAUAUGAAUUGGAAUUUAUUCUCGGAUUGGCAAGGUCAAAACAAGGCAAUUGGCCAAGGAGUUUAACUAAAGCUUCAGGUAAAUGGAUCGUCUGAUAUCGUACAGUAACGGUCAAAUAGCAAGUUCUCUUUACCUGAUUUACCCACCUGAACUAGAAAUGAAGGAGACCUGUGAGGGCGCAUCCUGUUUCAUAUUUAGAUCCAUGCAUAAAGAUUCAGUGUGACAAAACACUCUUUACAAGACACGAGGGAUAACUUCACCUUCAAAUAGGCAACCUUCCCUUUAUGCGAGCAAUAUUUAAGCAGCCCCAGCGUUUGCUGUCUACAUUUCACAACUUCUGAGAUACAAUCGAGCAUGCUCUUUCUUCAGCCAGUUCAAAGAACAUCAUACGACUCUUGCACAACUGUUGUUUGAGCAAUGUUACAACAUCCAAGGCCUCAACGUAAGCCAGGGCGACACAAUCUGCAGCAAUUACGUCAAGUUCACCGGGGGAAGGGGCGGUCGGGUAGCCUAGUGGUAACAGCGUUCGCUCGUCACGUUGAAGACCCGGGUUCGAUUUCCGACAUGGGUACAAUGUGUGCAGCCCAUUUCUGGUGGUAUUGCUGGAAUAUUGCUAAAAGCGGCGUAAAACCAUACUCACUCACUCAUCGGGGGAAAUGUACUUGUGGUCAUUCUGGUCAGUGGUGGACACACUUAGUACAAGGCUGACCCGUGAAGAUUCCGGGGUAGAAUAGGUCUUCAGCAACCCAUGCUUGGCGUAAAA